UCGCUCUGACAAAAUGCCGCAUGCAUGUGAUGUUGUCGGCUGCCCGAGUGGUGCACGCCGCCAGUGCUGCAGCAAUGAAACCGAUGUGUCUUUUCACUGGGUGCCGCAGAAUGAACCCUUACGCUCGAAGUGGCUGAGUGUCAUGCCAUUGCGCCAGUGUGCCAAAGAGUCAAAAACUCUGCGUGUGUGCUCGCUGCACUUUCGUGCUGAGGAUUAUGAGACCAACCGCAACUUGCUCAAGGCUUUCAAUCUGCCCAUCCGAGCAAGGCUUUGCCCCACCGCCGUUCCAUCGGUAUUUCCCGAGUCCGAGAGUCACCUCGACACCCUGCCCGAGUUGUCUGUGUCCCACGACUUGCAACAGCUUCUGCAGGACGACGACGCGACUGAAUGUACGGAAUCCGGAACCACACAUUCUGCAAUUGAUAUCUGCGCCAACAGUGACGCGAAGGUGGCUGUUCACGCGGAAACUCAGACAGAUCGUUCGUCGAGUGCCCGCUGCAUUGGCAAUGACAAAAGUGUGCAAGUUCGUCUGCAUCAUGGCACGAGCAUUGGGGUCCAAGUUAAUUUAACUAUGAAGGACACGAAAGAGAGGGGAACACAGAUGCGUAAAAGGAAAAAAGCCCAUGACAUUAACACCAGUGAAGAGGCCUUACAUUGCUCGAGGAGAUCAAGGAGCAAAACGGCGGUGACAGACGUCAAGAGGUGAGCCCACCUUUCUCGUCUCGCCAGACGCAUCACCGGUAAAAUGCAAG